AAACUUGAAUUGGCUACCUGAUACCAACUAUUUUGGAAAAGUCCACAGACCCUAGUCCUAGCCACCACGACGACCUUCGAUACAAUCGGCCCUUCUUCCAACAUGAAUUAUACUAUGGCGGACGUAGUAAUUGUUGGAGCUGGCCUCAGUGGCCUCCAAGCAGCAGUGAAUAUCCAGGCAGCUGGUUUUACGUGCUUAGUCUUAGAAGCUACCGACAGGGUCGGUGGCAAGACACUAAGCAUCAAAUCCAGCUCUAAACAAGCCGGUAUAAACGAUGCUGGAGCUAUGUGGGUGAACGACAGUAACCAGUCAGAAAUAUGGAAACUAUUUGACAAGUUUAAUGUUGGCGCGGUUGUCCAAAGAACUACCGGCACGAGCUUUCGGCAAGCCGAGGACGGCAGCACGAUCUCACACCCUUAUCAUAAGGGAACGUCGGGUAGAGAUGAUGAUCGAGCUAAUGAAAUGCGUCGCAUAUACUGGGCAAUUCAUGAAGCCGUCGAGACGUCGGACCUCGAGCAUCCCGAGACUAGCGCCGAUGCUCAAAAGCUUGAUACUAUGACGUUCGCUGGGUUCUGUCAGGAAGCUAGCCCUAAUAUAGGCACUGAAAUUGCUUCAGUAGUUACUGCUGCUCUACUUGGCGUUGAGGCCCACGAGGUCAGCGCUUUAUUUAUAGUUAACUAUAUCAAGAGUGGAUAUGGUAUCCGGGUAAUAACAUCGGAUGAGAAAGACGGAGCGCAGUACAUUCGAGCCCGACGCGGGAUGCAAGCUAUAUCGGAAGGGCUCGCCAAUGAAUUGACCCAAGGAUCUAUUUACUUGAGCACAGCGGUAGAGUCCAUCCAGGAAAAAGGCGACGGGCUUUACGAGGUCCGUUCUACUGCGGGCAUGAUUUUCAAAGCCAAGCAUGUGGUGGUGUCCAUCCCGACCAGCUUAUAUCACACCAUCCAAUUCACGCCACCGCUGCCGGAGAAUAAGCAAAAGCUAGGAGAGAGCACCGCCCUCGGGUACUACAGCAAAGUUGCGUUGGUCUUUGAGGAGCCAUGGUGGCACACGGCAGGCCUGUCAGGAGUAAUGACUUCUUACAAAGGGCCCGUAUCCUUCAGCCGAGAUACUAGCGUGCCGGAGGACGAUCAAUGGUCAAUAACCUGCUUUAUUGUAGGUGACAUGGGGCGCGCCUGGAAUAAAUAUUCGAAAGCAGAGCGCCAAGAGGCGGUCCUCGAGCAGUUCAACUCUGUCUUUUCCACAGCGACGGCUGUCCCCAAGCCUAUUACCAUUCACGAGCAGAUUUGGUCUGAGGAGCCGUACUUUCUUGGCGCUCCAUCUCCUGUAAUGGGUCCCGGAGUGCUAACGUCGCUUGGCUCGGACGUACUACGGAAGCCGGUCGGAAAUAUCCACUUCGUCGGCACAGAGACCUCGGUGGUAUGGAAGGGAUACAUGGAUGGUGCCGUUCGCUCAGGACAGAGAGGAGCAGAAGAAGUAAUCACAAGUCUAAGAGGAUAAAUAUUAAUUAUGCGUUUAUGCAUAAAUGAUCAAUCAUAUUUUCCUUCAAUACGAAGGUUGGGGCCAAAAGUCUUGCACAUAUGAGCUUGGCAAAGCCACGUGCGAGUAAAAAGAGACUGCACGGUCUUAUUUAAGCUAUAGUGGCUGAUAUCGCUAUAAAUAUAGUGGUAAGCCACCUGAAUUCAGUGGACAGGCCACUAUCCGACCUUCAGCUUAGAGUGUGGCUGAUACAGUAUUAAUAAGUUAAAAGACGUACGAAAAUCGAUGCCAAGAUUUGGACAUGUGCAAGACUUUUGGCCCC